ACCCCUCAACGGUCCGUUCACGAGCAGUUCAUCGAUUUCAGUCCGAGCUUUCGAGGAGUUUCGAGGCUGCUACCCGCUCGUCCGAGUACCGAUCGUUUGGUCCGCUUAUCUCCCGAGCUCGUAGAUUCUCGAAGACGGAUAUCCAUUUCCGAACUUUCACGUUAUUUUAUUCGUGCUGGUAUUUAUUCUACGAGCGGGAGUUCACCCGUAUGAGCGCCUUUGCUCCACAUAUGGUGGACACCGACCUGAAGAAGGCCCACAAGUUCCGAGAUGGACUAAAUCGAACUCUCCGUAUGCAUGUUGCCAGCCAAGGAAAUCUUUCCUUUGAUGAGACUGUCAUUCGAGCCACCCAACUUGAGAGUUAUCAGACUCUCGAUGCCACCAUACCUUCUGCUCAGCUGGUUCAGCCUAUUUCUUCUGCGCCGCCCGGCUCUAGUUCGGGCAAGAGAAAGUUUGAUUCCCGCCGGGAUAACCGGAAGGGAAAGCGUGGAGCACCAGACCGCCGUGAUGUUCCACCAGUCGCUCAGGGUCAGAACCCGAGAUGCCCUAAAUGUGGCCGCUAUCACCCCGGAGAUUGUCGUUAUGUCCAGAAGGUCUGCUUCAACUGCAUGAAGCCCGGUCACUUCUUCAGCCACUGCCCCGAACCCCCGAGGCAGCAGCCUUAUCAGCAGCCCCAUCAUCAGCAACAGCUUCCUCCUCCACCUUACCAGCAGCAGCAGCAGCACAGACAGCCCCCACCACACCAGCAGAGGGCUGGGGGUCAAGCCCGAGUCUAUACCCUUGCUCAUGACGAGGCAGCCAACAACGCAGGUACCAUGUCUGGCAUGAUUUCCUUAUCCAAUGUGCCUAUCUUUGCGUUAUGUGACACUGGAGCUACUCAUUCCUUUAUCUCCUCUCGAUGCUUGGAGGCCCUGUCUAUUGAUAAUGUGUGCAACUGUGACCCUCUCGAGGUUAGUCUAGCCUCGGGAAAGAUUAUUAUUUCUGAUUCUAUGAUUUUCAGUCUUCUAGUCAGUAUUGGUGGGCAUGUUUUGGAGGCCGACUGGUAUAUUAUUGAAAUGCGGGACUUCGAUGUGAUCUUGGGAAUGGACUGGCUCACUCGCUAUCAAGCCGACAUCCGGUGCCAGGAGCGCGAAGUCAGUCUCUUCCCCGUUUUCGAUCAACCUGUUAUUUUCUAUGGGGUGAAGUCGAGGACUGUGCCUCAAGUCAUAUCUUCUAUGCAAGCUAGGAAAAACCUUUCUAAAGGUAGCUGUCAAGGCUAUCUGGUUUCUAUGGUAUCCGAGGACGAUUCUGAGAGGUCCCUGGAGAGAGUCUCUAUCGUCUGCGAGUAUCUCGAUGUCUUUCCUGACGAGUUGCCUGGAGGACCGCCCGACCGCCAAGUGGAGUUUACCAUUGAUCUAGUACCAGGAACCGGCCCUGUUUCUAAGGCCCCUUAUCGUAUGGCGCCGAAGGAGCUUCAAGAGCUCAAGGCCCAGAUCCAGGAGUUGCUCAAUCUUGGUUUCAUUCGUCCGAGU